AUGGUUGAACUCAUCAAUCCCCCAGAGUCUCGUACUUUACUCCCUCCCCUCCUCGCCUGUCUUCCCACAGCCUUUGUUUCGCCACGUCCGCCACCAGCUCUCCUUCCCCUCCUCUCCCCAAUCCUCCGCCAGCGUGUUAAGAUCCUAAGCGACGUCUCCACCUCCGCCAACGAAUCAUGGCUGCGAUUACUAUGCUGGGAUGCCGACAAAGCAGAGCGCCUGCAGACUAUCGUGGACGGCGUCAGUUUCGAACCACACCCUGUCUCCGGCGAGAUCGAACUGCCGGAUGAUAUGCCCGUGAUGUAUAAGCGCAUUGACGACGAAACACUACGGGCCCAAUGCUUGCUACCCGAAUUCAACUUGGCUGUGGUGUACGUCUGGUGCCCCACUGACGAGGAGGGCGGUGGUCGUGGUUGGCGACUGGCAGAAUUGCUUCCUCGCGAGGGCCCCGCGGCUGAUGAACACACCUGGGCCUCUUCGAUCAGCGAGGCGAACAUCCAGGCCAAAGAGAGACUUUACUCUAAUAUACUGGACUCUCCGGUCCAGGACCAAGGGUCCAACCAGAACGCCCAACAGGAAGAGGACGACGAUGCCGAUUAUUGGGCUCAGUACGAUGCCACCCCAAACCGUACGCCGGGGCCUAAGACCCCAGCUCCAGCUGCAGCUGGUGGCUCAUCCCACCUCCCGCCGUCCGGUCUGUCAGAGGCCUCCUACUUCUCUCAGUACGGCGACGUCCAACCAGCCCUAGACAGCCAUGACCCGGAAGAAGAACAGGCAGAGAUUGGCCCGACAUCUUUGAGCGGGGAUAUGAUUUCGAAUCUCCUCCGGCGGCAGAACGGGCUAGACACGGACGAGAGGGCCCGCACGAACGGGUACACGGUGGACGACAUGCCCACUGACCACGCUGCUAGGUCGCUCAGCCAUCCGAGACCUGCAUCUGGAUCCAUCUCUUCAAGCCACUCGGAUACCGUUGCCAGACUGGAGCAGGAGGCGGCUAGCCAGUCCAACUAUGAUGUCGGUGUGAAGCAGCAUAUUGGUACCAGCAUUAAGAGUCUUUUCCGCUUGGCCCAAGCGACAGGUAUGAGCCGUGUUGAGUUCCAGGCGAUGGUGCAGACCGAGUUGGAGUUGCUGGAUCUGACUGAUCUUGACAAUUGA